UGCUCCGUUACAACGAGGAGGAAAAUCUAAACGGCGGCCGCCGCCGCCAUAUUGAGUAGCUGUCAGCGGCGCUUUGCGCGUCUCCUGCCUCGACCCAUCAGCGAACAGCCCAGGGCGGCCCCCAGCGCCUGCUGCCCGGCCGCGGAGGGGCCUGCGCGGGGGCCCGGCCACAGCCGACCACCGAGAGCACGUCGGAGACCCGGCGGGACCGAGUCCCCCGGCAGAGCCCCCCGCCGGGGAGCGGAGCCGCAGAAGGGGACAAAAGAAUUUGCAGAAGAUUUUGACUGAACAAGAAAUUCAGGGAAGGAGAGAAAAAUGCCGAAACCAAUCAAUGUAAGAGUUACCACAAUGGAUGCAGAGCUGGAGUUUGCCAUCCAACCCAAUACAACUGGCAAACAGCUCUUUGACCAGGUGGUGAAAACAGUCGGUCUACGUGAAGUCUGGUUUUUUGGGCUGCAGUAUGUGGACAGCAAAGGCUAUUCAACUUGGUUGAAGCUGAAUAAAAAGGUAACACAACAAGAUGUAAGGAAAGAAAAUCCUCUACAGUUUAAGUUCAGGGCUAAGUUUUUUCCUGAGGAUGUAUCGGAGGAGUUAAUUCAGGAAAUAACUCAGAGACUGUUCUUCCUGCAAGUCAAAGAAGCCAUUUUAAAUGAUGAAAUCUAUUGUCCACCUGAAACUGCAGUUCUACUGGCUUCCUAUGCUGUCCAAGCCAAGUAUGGAGAUUACAAUAAGGAGAUUCAUAAACUAGGCUACUUGGCCAAUGACAGACUUCUCCCCCAGCGUGUUCUAGAACAGCACAAACUGACAAAAGAACAGUGGGAAGAAAGAAUACAGAACUGGCAUGAAGAACACAGAGGGAUGUUAAGGGAAGAUUCUAUGAUGGAAUACCUCAAGAUUGCACAAGAUCUGGAAAUGUAUGGAGUCAACUACUUUGAAAUAAAGAAUAAAAAGGGUACUGAAUUGUGGCUAGGUGUUGAUGCUUUGGGUCUGAAUAUUUAUGAGCACGAUGACAAGUUGACACCCAAGAUUGGUUUCCCUUGGAGUGAAAUCAGAAAUAUCUCAUUUAACGACAAAAAGUUUGUCAUAAAGCCAAUUGACAAAAAGGCCCCUGAUUUUGUUUUUUAUGCACCACGUCUGAGAAUUAAUAAGCGGAUUUUGGCACUGUGCAUGGGAAAUCAUGAACUGUACAUGAGGAGGAGAAAGCCUGAUACAAUUGAAGUGCAACAGAUGAAGGCCCAAGCUAGAGAGGAGAAACAUCAGAAACAGUUGGAAAGAGCACAAUUAGAAAAUGAGAAGAAAAAAAGGGAAAUAGCGGAAAAGGAAAAGGAAAGAAUAGAGCGUGAAAAAGAAGAAUUAAUGGAGCGCUUAAGACAAAUUGAAGAACAGACAAUGAAGGCCCAAAAAGAGCUGGAAGAACAGACAAGAAAAGCUCUAGAACUGGAUCAAGAACGAAAGCGAGCAAAAGAGGAAGCAGAGCGCCUGGAAAAAGACCGUCGAGCUGCAGAGGAGGCUAAAGCUGCUCUAGCCAAACAGGCCGCUGAUCAGAUGAAGAAUCAGGAGCAGCUAGCAGCAGAACUUGCUGAAUUCACUGCCAAGAUUGCACUUCUAGAGGAGGCCAAGAAGAAGAAGGAAGAGGAAGCCUCAGAAUGGCAGCACAAAGCUUUUGCAGCCCAAGAGGAUUUGGAAAAGACCAAAGAAGAACUGAAGACUGUAAUGUCUGCUCCUCCUCCUCCUCCACCACCACCACCUCCACCACCAGUUAUUCCUCCAACAGAGAAUGAGCAUGAUGAACAUGAUGAAAACAAUGCUGAAGCUAGUGCAGAACUGUCUUCUGAUGGUGUCAUGAACCACAGAAGUGAGGAAGAACGGGUAACAGAGACACAGAAAAAUGAACGUGUUAAGAAACAGCUCCAGACACUAAGUUCUGAGUUGGCCCAAGCCAGAGAUGAAACCAAGAAAACACAAAAUGAUGUCCUCCAUGCUGAGAAUGUUAAAGCAGGUCGUGACAAGUACAAGACUCUUCGACAAAUCCGACAAGGCAAUACAAAGCAACGUAUUGAUGAGUUUGAGGCAAUGUGAGAGCUGUUAUUUUGCAUAUAUGUUCUUCGUAAAGCUGAACCACCAACAGAGAAACAAGCAGGCCUUUGCAGAUUUGAAGAUUGCACCCCACUUUGCCAAAGCAUUUAUACCAGUUUGACUGUGGUGGUAAAAAGACAAAUUUAGGGGAACCCAUUCAACAAUAAGGCAGUCUGUCAUCUUUGGCUUUUUGUGGGGAAGAGAGAGGAAUGGGGGCAGAUGGUUUCCCUUGUCUUACAUUUUAUUUUCCAUUUUCAUAGUUCGUGCCACUUCUUCUCUUGAAGACUGGCACUUACUAUAUCAUGGCUGUCAAGUGUGUAUGUGUUACGAAAACACAGUCAGAAAGGACAUUAGAUCUGAACCUAAAACUGAUGGAUACUUAUUUCAGUGUGAUGCAGUUUGAAAUUACAUUUUCCCAUGUUGCCACAUUUCCUUAGGAGUUUGAUAUUGCUGACUUUUAUCAUUUUUUCACCAAGCUGAAUUCUUCGGGUGUUUCAAGUCCUGUCAUCAUUGAUGGUUUUCUUUGCCUACCUGUUCACAAAGGUCUAGAUGGCAGGUCGUAGGUUCCAGCAGAUAUUUUAAAAUGGAACCCUACCUGUGGACAGCAGUUGUCAGCAAUUGGCCUAAAUAAGUAUUGCUUUUUCACUUUAGAUAUGUAGAAAUGUUCUAAUAAAGCAAAGCAAAGAAAAACAAAAUACAAGAAUCUUGUAUCCUGUUUUUUUAAUGAUUAUUUUAAUUGCAAUAAGAAAAACCUGGACCUUUCUGGCAAGGGAGCAUAUGAAAACAUCAGUCCCAGGGAGGGGACAGUAUCCUACCUCACUACUAUAUACAUGAUGACAGGUCCUUCAAACACCAUGUAAACUUGAGUGUGUAAAUUGACUUUCAUCUUAUGAUGAUACUAUAGAAAGAUAGGAAUCUUUACUCUUAAGAUUUUGUUUUACUUCAAGAUGGAUUUAUAGUGCUAAAUACUGCUUAACUGCCUUUUUGUUGAGUUAAAUUAUAAAAUGAUAUGAUGUACAUUAAAACUGUAACCUGUCACUGGUAUACUAUCUUACAGGAGGGGUGUGGAAUGUGUUUGUGUUUAUGGGUUUCUCUGUACCAAAUGAAAAUUCCUAUAAUUGGGGGGGGAAAAGAGGCUUGUAGCUUCAUUUCUCAGUGAUGCCCGUGUGUAAUUGUGUUGUAUCUGAUGUCUAAUCAUUGUCACUCGUUUGUCUCAAACUCUGGAAAAGGAGAUUUAAACAAGAUUUUUUUUUUUAUUUUAGAGGGUCAAAUAGUUCAUAGAAAGCGAGUCUUUCUUUUAAGAGAUUCUUUUACAACUGACAUGGACUGCAGUUAUUCUUCACUUUAUAGUACCUUGGUUAGUGUCUAGUUGGAAAAAGCCCUGCUUUCUCUGAGGAUGGUUCAGCAACCUUCCAUUUGGUAUUAUGCACUCAUAAAUUUACACUUAUCUAUUAAAAUAUGCCAUUUUAUUAAACAUUUUUUUCAGGCACAAUAGGUUCAAGUUAUUUAUGAACAGUUCAGCUGAGCUUUUUUUUAUUUUGCUCAGUUAAAGACACACUAUGUGGGAUGAUAUCAUGAGAAGGGUAUAAAGUUGAUUUAAUAUAUUUUGGGUUGUGGAGCUAAAAAUAGCUGGCUAACCUUGAGAAGACUGGUGUGCAAAUGUUGUGCACAUGCUUCAAAACACAGGUUGGUGGAAGUUUAUUGUUUCUACUUGCAGUGCAUUGAAAGAACAGUUUGUGUAUCUCAGGCUUCCUGCAUUGAAGCAUGAGCAUUUGAAUUUCCAAAGCAUUAGAACCACCCGCCAUAGCAGGUGAAAUACUGUGCUUUCAAUGGGUUUUAUGGUUUUUCCUGAAAUGUGUGCACUAACAUUACUACAUCAGUUUAUCAGUGUUGAUAAAUACCAGUUAAAUUUGCUGUUCAUAAAUCUACGAUAUAUAGAUUAGAAUUAAAAUGGAUCUAAUCCAGUUAUAAAGCUGUGUGAAUUUUUCUAAAUAACCAGGAACAACGAUUUGAAAUGUGGAUUUUCACAAUGAACCAGAGUGGUUAUUACCAAUAGUUGGGAACACUUAUUGAUGCAGAAAUAUUAUGAAUGCAUUUAAUGAGUACUUGGUGAAGCAAAUUUCAAUAUGCUUUCCCCUUAGCAUCAUGUUUUGUGUUGUACAAUUAAGCUACAAUUACAUCUACUAUUUUGGAUAACAUUAAUUGGUUAACAAUAAAGAGAUACAGUUAAUUUC